AUGCAACAUCCCCCGUAUUAAAGGAAGCCAUAGAAGAAAAUAACACAGCCACUCCACGCCUUCUUCACGUUGUUUACAGAGAAAACUCAGCUGGAGAUUUGGCUGGUGGAAAAUGACAAUCUUCGUAUUCAAGGCAAAUUGGCCGGUUUUGACGAGUACUUGAAUUUGGUGUUGGACAGGGCUGUGGAAUACGACCGUAAGACGAAGGCAACCAAGGAAUUGGGGAAAAUCCUUUUGAAGGGAGAAAACAUUGUUCUUGUGAGGACUUUAGAGGAUGUUAAAUUAUGA